ACUUGUCAGGUCUGGGGCGGUCUUUGGGGCGCUGUCAUGGAGGAGCCGCGCAGCGGGGCUGUUCAAAUCCCCACAUAGCAUCGUCCGCUGGCUCGGUCCUCGGCCAUAAUGGCAUCUGUUCUGGAAGAUCCAACUCUGGAGAGACACUUCAAGGGGCACAAAGAUGCUGUCACCUGUGCAGACUUUAAUCCAAACCAAAAACAGCUGGCUACAGGGUCGGUGGAUAAGACGCUGAUGAUCUGGAAUCUGGCUCCAAAGGCGAGGGCCUUUCGCUUCGUCGGACACCAAGAUGCCAUCACCGGGCUGCAGUUCUCUCCGUCUGGGGCCCUGGUGGCUUCUUCAUCCAAAGACAGAACGGUUCGCUUGUGGACCCCUUCCAUGAAAGGAGAGUCUACGGUGUUCAAAGCCCACACCGCAGCAGUCCGCAGCGUUGCUUUCUCCCAUGACGGCCACAGAAUGGUCACUGCGUCUGAUGACAAGUCUGUUAAAGUGUGGAGUGUCCAUCGGCAGUGCUUCGUCUACUCCCUCAACCAGCACACUAACUGGGUCCGCUGUGCCAGAUUCUCUCCAGAUGGAAGGCUCAUAGCUUCCUGUGGGGAUGAUCGCUCUGUCCGUCUUUGGGACACAUCCACAAAACACUGCAUCAACUGCUUCACCGACUGUGCAGGCUCUGCCACAUUUGUUGAUUUCAACUCCAGCGGCACCUGCAUUGCAUCCUCGGGAGCCGACAGUUUGCUUAAGAUCUGGGAUUUGCGGACCAAUAAGCUCAUUCAGCACUAUCAAGUCCACAGUGCAGGAAUCAAUGGUUUCUCCUUUCAUCCAUCCGAUAACUACCUCAUCACUGGCUCCAGUGACAGGACGGUGAAGAUCCUGGACCUGCUGGAGGGGCGUCUCAUCUACACCCUGCAUGGACACAAGGGUGCUGUAAACACCGUGGCCUUUUCACGCCUUGGAGAUCUCUUUGCCUCUGGGGGAGCCGACUGUCAGGUGCUUCUGUGGAAGACGAACUUCGACGGCAAACCUUAUCAGGACGUCCUGCAACAGCACAGCCGCAGAUCCACCCCUGAUCCUCCGCCACACCUGUCGGACAUCCACCCCAGGACACCCCACCUCCACCACCCACAGCCCACAGCCAUUCAGAUAAAUCCAACUGUGACAGACACUCGGUCCGCUGAUCCUGCUGUUGUUGAGCUGGGCCAAGCUCUCCAUGACAACAAGGCUGAUUUCCUGCCACGUCAUGUCACAAGUUCAAGAGUGGAAGAGUGGACUGGAGGUGAAAGUACCAACUGGACAGGGUCAAAUUCUGGGAACCAGACCGGCUCAGACAGUGCUGGAAAAGGAAGGAGGGAGGAAGAGGACACAGCGCAGAGCCACCCACUGGAAGUCCUCUCCGGUCAUCCAUCAAGUCUGGACUUCACCCUGCAGCACAUUGUUCAACAGCUGGAUGUUCUCACGCAGACUGUUUCUGUGCUGGAGGAGCGUCUCACCCUAACUGAGGACAAGAUGAAGGAGUGUCUCCAGCAUCAAUCUCAGAUCCUGAAGGACAUGCAGGCAUCAGGAGAGAGACACAGGAUGGAGAGCUAAGGGACAGUUGAGUCCCCAGUUAAUUUCAUUUAAGGAUGACAGCCCUUGUCUCAGGCAUAAACUCACCAAGUGGCUCUCUGCUCAUCUCAUAACUAUUGAGAACGUAUGGAUAAUGGUAUGUGUGUGAUAUUUUUUUUAAAAUAAACACCAUGGUGGUCCUUGUGCGGGGUCAUUCGUUGGGUUAAUCAGGAUUCUGGCAGCAGUCAGAGGGAUUUAUGGUGCAUCUGCUUGUUUGUACGAGUCACCAACACGUUUGCUUGGAUCUUUCGUCGCCUCUGACUGAGAUCCAGCUGUACAGCCGAGCAGCAUUCCAUCUGUGACCGUGCAAACAUGUAGCGGUAUAACCUCCAGUCAAAAUCAGUUUUAGCAGUUUGCUGCUUCAGAUAUACUUUUUUUUUAAAAUCACAAACUAUUUGCAUCCGUUAUUGUAAAAUUCAGAUAAAUGUCAAGCUUUACACAU